AUGACAAUCUCCUAUCCAACAGUGUCGCCGCUUCGCUGCGGGUAUCUGUCGCCUCCAGCAUCGAAAUUCCUAGCGGAUGCGAAACCAGGGGAGAAACUGACCAUGCCGUCGAUGGCCUUCUUGAUCCAGCACCCCGCGUCAAAGUCAAAAGUUGUCUUUGAUUUGAGCAUCCGGAAAGACUUGACCAAAUAUCACCCUGGCCUGCAGAAGCACCUCGAAACGAGGCACCCUUUAAGCAGCCAAGACGAUGUGAAGUCAGCGCUGGCGCUCGGAAACGUCGAGGCCUCACAGAUCGACUAUGUGAUCAUGAGCCACGUGCACUGGGACCACGUGGGCACUCCGUCCGAUUUCACCUCUGCGACUUUCAUUGCCGGCCACAAUACGGGCAAGCUCCUCAGGAAUGAAAUGGGACCAGACUUGGCAAACCCGUUCUUUGAGCCCGACUUAUUGCCUGCCGAUCGCACGAUCGAGUUGCCAGCAACACCGAGCUCCAAGGCUAGUGGGGUGUUUGACGAGGCUCACGGAUGGUAUUGGCAACCCAUGUCUCCGAUCCAAAAUGUCAUUGACAUGUUCAACGAUGGUACCAUUUAUGUCGUGGAUAGUCCAGGCCAUUUGCCAGGGCAUUUGAAUGUCUUGAUCCGAGUGGCUGUUGACAAAUGGGUUUAUCUGGCGGCGGAUGCUUGCCAUCACAUGCGAAUCUUCAAUGGCGAGACGGAUUUUGGGGCCUGGAAGGAUGACAAGGGGCGGACAGCCACAAUCCAUAAAGACCUAGACGCGGCAUACAAGACGCUGAACAUGAUGCGCGUGCUUCGAAGGGACGGGCUAAACGGCAUCCCGGUGGAGAUCGUCCUGGCGCACGAUGGAGAGUGGCAGGAGAAGAAUUCGGGCCUUUUCUUCCCCAACCACCUGUAA